CAAACUCAUUCGUAAUUUCCCAGCCCUUUCUUUUAUUUAUUUAUGUCGUCCAAUUAAUGUGACUCCUAUUUGAAAUAUAAUCCUCGUGUUCAAUAAUUCUUAACUGAAUUUCCGUUUUGGACUUUGAUACUACUCUCUUCUAAAUAAACACUAAGCAGGUUUUGAAUUUUUUUACAAAAUGGGAUCGGUUUGUUCAGCUGGUAAGGCAGAGAAAAAUAAAAAUAAUGAUGAGAUGGAAGUGUCUGUGGGGAAACUUAACAAGUUUAAGAGCUUUGUAAACAAAAAUGGAAAUUGUUAUUCAAACUCAAAGGUUAGUACGGAUCGUCGUAAAAACCAGAAGAAGCGAAAUUCUGGAUUAUUUUCAAGGGAGUUCAAACUAGUCGAGGAUACCACCAAUCUCAAUGUAACAGGGAAAAAACAGGCCUUCCAAAGAGCAUCUUUUCUGGGAAGAGCUAGUGAGAAAGCAGUGGAAGUUCUGGACACACUAGGAAGUAGCAUCCCUAAAUUAAGCAUCAGUGAUGGUUUUAUCACUGGCAUGGUUCCUAGCAAGAAUAAAAUAUCUAUGCUGGCAUUUGAAGUAGCGAACACAAUUACUAGAGGUUCAAUUUUGUUUCAUUCAUUGUCUGAAGAAAACAUUCAGUUACUUAAAAAUGAGAUUUUACAAUCAGAAGGGGUGAAAAAUCUGGUUUCCACUGAUACAAAGGAGUUGAUAAGUUUUGUUGAGGCUGAUAAAAGGGAAGAAUUUAAUGCUUUCUCCCGAGAAGUAGCUAGAUUUGGAAAUAUUUGUAAAGAUCCUCAGUGGCAUAACCUUGAUCGAUAUUUCUCACGAUUAGAUUUCGAUGCCUUGAGCAACAAACAACCUAGGGUAGAGGCAGAAAAGACAGUGCAGGACUUGUCCUCUCUAGCUCAGAACACUGCUGAAUUAUACCAUGAGUUGAAUGCAUUGGACCGAUUCCAACAAGAUUAUAACCAAAAGGUCAAGGAGUUGGAGUUCUUAAAUCUUCCUCUCAACGGGGAAGGACUCGCAGCUUUUCAUAGCGAGCUUAAGCAUCAAAGAAAGCUUGUGAAGAGCUUACAAAGGAAGUCCCUUUGGUCAAAACAUUUGGAGGAGAUCGUUGAAAAGCUUGUUGAAGUUGCCACACAUACACAUCAAGCAAUUUUUGAGUUCCUUGGAAAAAAUGCAGGUAAAAUCGCAGUAAAAAAUCGUAAUGGACCUGAAAGACUAGGCGAAGCUGGUCUUGCACUGCACUAUGCUAACAUUAUCAAUCAGAUAAAUGUGAUAGCAUCACGCCCGACCAUUCUUCCUCCAAAUAUGAGGGACACACUUUAUAAAGGUUUGCCCAAUAAUAUUAAGAAUGCCCUUCCUUCGCGGCUGCAAAAUGAUGAUGUCAUGAAAGAGCUCUCCAUUGCUCAAGUCAAAGUUGAAAUGGAUAAGAUUCUUCCGUGGCUUACUCCAUUUGCUACAAAUACGACCAAAGCACACCAAGGUUUUGGAUGGGUUGGCGAAUGGGCAAACGCAAGUAAUGAGUUUGGAGAAAUGACAUCAGGCAAAGAAAGCAACCAUAUUCGUCUUCACACACUUCAUUAUGCCGAAAAACAAAAGAUAGAUUUUCACAUCCUCGAACUAUUGGUUCGGCUUCACCAGUUGGUUACCUUUGUAAGAUACAGACCCAAUGCCACAAGACCAAUGUCGAGUACACGAACUUCGUCUCCAAACAAGGGACUUCAUUUUCAGUCAAAGAUGUUGCAAUUCAUAUCAUUGAGUAAGUUGUCUGAAGAAGAUAGAAGGUUGUUGGAAGAGGUAACUACAAGGAAAUGGAUUCCAGGAAUUAGCAAAAGUGAAAAUCUGGCUGGGACAAACAAAAAGGAAACCAUGGUGUGGCAUUUUAGCAACAGUGUUGGGAGUUCACCAGCUAAGUGGUUCUUUGCUACAAAAUUGAGCUUGGAUGUUAUGGAUGGCCUAUAACAUACUUCAAAUAAAGGCUUAAUACAUCUCCCGGUCCCUUAACUUAUUUUAUUUUCUCAGUGUAGUCCCUUAACUAUUAAGUGUAUCAAUUUGGUUCCAUAAAUCUUCCUCCGUUUACUGA